CUCCCAUUUAUAAAAUUCACCUUAAAGAUGGAUUUUUGUCCAAAUAACACGCCAUAGGGUGGUGCAUGCAUCGGGUGGUGCACGGUAACAAGUUAACUCAUGCAUACACGGCUGAUGCACGCUAUGUACUCUUACACCAUGACGGGUUGUGCAUAGCGUGCUUUGCCGCCAAUUCCAUACUGCAAUCAGUGAGAGACCAGGAAUUAAGCUCGGCUUAAGCAUGGCCAUGGCGGCCACAUGUGCGACUCCCACCUCUUCAUAUUCCCCGUUUGUCUCUCAUCAUCAACUCUUUCUCCUCCCCAGAAAAAGUUCAAAUUUCAUUACUUCUAAGAAUUACCUUCCUCAAUGGAAAACCAGUGUUAAUUUCACCCAUCUUGUUGGACUCUGCAACACCAGCAAUGAGGAAGAGCUUCACCAAAUCCACGCCCAAACCAUCAAAGCUGGAGCCAUUGGCCACCCCAUCAUUCUCAACAACCUCCUCCUCUCCUUCUGUUCCCUCUCCUCUUCACCCCACCUCGAAUAUGCUCGAUCACUGGUUUUUCACAGUGCCUCAAAUUCCAACACGUUCGCCUGGAACUCCCUCAUCAGAGCCUACUCAAAGGGCGGUUUUCCAGACCAUUCUUUCUCUCUCUUCUGUGAAUGCCUGCAAAGAUCGGUUUUGCCGGACCACUUCACGUUCCCCAUUGUUGCAGGGGCCUGUGCAAUGCUCUCCUCUUUCGAACAAGGCCGAGCUCUUCAUGCCCAAGCGAUCAAAAUGGGAUUUGAUUCAGAAGAUUAUACAGUUAACAGCCUGGUUCAUAUGUAUGCCAAGUGUGGAUCUUUGGAAUCUGCUCGCCUGUUGUUUGACAGAAGUUGUUGUAGGGAUGUGGUUUCCUGGACUGCCAUGGUUUCUGGGUAUGCUAAAUCUGGAGAAUUAGGUCAAGCUAGAAAGCUAUUUGAUGAAAUGCCAGAGAGCAACACUGUUUCUUGGACUGCCAUGAUUGAUGGGUAUGCAAAAGCAGGGGACAUGAACUCUGCUCGUGUAUUGUUUGAUCGAAUGCCUAAGAGAGAUAUAGUCUCCUGGGGUGCGAUGAUUUCCGGUUAUUUGCAAGUCAAUCGACCCAUAGAGGUUCUCGCUCUAUUUAGAGAUCUGCAGCGGAUCAGCUUAAAGCUAGACGGUGUUAUAGUGAUUGGAGUCCUCUCCGCUUGUGCUAGCUUGGGUGCACUAGAUCAAGGAGAAUGGAUCCAUAAUUUCAUAUUCGAAAACGGAAUCCAACUGGACCCCAAGUUGAUCACUAGCUUGAUUGAUAUGUAUGCAAAAUGUGGAAGCAUUGAUAGAGCAUUCAAGGUCUUUAGUGACUGGUCAGGAAGGGCUUUGGGCCCAUGGAAUGCCAUGAUUGCUGGCUUUGCAAUGCAUGGGCGAGCCCAAAAUGCAAUAAACCUCUUUCUUGAAUUGAAGAAGGUGGGUUUGAGGCCUGAUGAUAUAACAUUUAUCGGCUUGCUCAAUGCUUGUGCUCAUGCUGGUUUGGUGGAGGAGGGUAGAGAGUAUUUCUCUCUCAUCAAGGGAGAGUAUGAGUUGGAGCCAAAGAUUGAGCAUUAUGGAUGCAUGGUGGAUCUUUUGAGCCGCAUGGGUCUUUUGGAUGAGGCAGAGGAACUUGUAGAGAGCAUGCCGAUGGAGCCGGAUGCCAUUAUAUGGGGCACAUUAGUGAGUGCAUGUAGGAUCCAUGGCAAUGUGGAAGUGGGGGAACGUGGGGCUAAGCGUUUAAUAGAGUUAGAACCUGAAAAUGGAGGAAGAUAUGUUCUUUUAUCGAAUACGUAUGCGAUGGCAGGGAGAUGGGAGAGAGUUGGUGGGAUUCGAAAGGUGAUGAAAGAGAGAAGUUUGGUUAAGACCCCUGGUUGUACUUCUAUUGUCAUUGAUGGGGUUGUGCAUGAGUUUGUUGCAGGAGAUACAAGGCAUCCUCAAACAAAGGAUAUAUAUUGUCACCUCGGUAACAUUUUUGAGGAAUUGAGAGCACUGGGCUAUGCACCUAGUACAUCAAAUGUUUUGUUGGACAUUGAGGAUGGGGCAAAGAAGCUUUCUGUAGCUUACCACAGCGAGAAAUUGGCCAUAGCUUUUGGGUUGAUAAAUAUGGGGGCUGGCACAACAUUUCAUAUCUUUAAGAACCUUAGGUUUUGUGAGGAUUGUCACAGGUUUAUGAAGCUCGUUUCCAAUUUUUUUCAGAAAGAGAUAAUUGCCCGGGAUCGGAUCCGUUUCCACCAUUUCAAGGAAGGUGUGUGCUCUUGUAUGGAUUUUUGGUGAAUUUCAUGUUCAUUUAGAUGUAUAGGAAUAAGAGAAAAACAGACACACUUGCAGGGGGGAGAGAGAGAGAGAGUGAGAGAGAGAGAGAGAGAGAGAGUAUUUUGCUAAAAGGCCGGGGAGAGCGGUUAAGUAGUUUCUGGC